UUAGGUUUCAGCAAUGUUGUUUAAUAGAAAAGAAUUGAUAACAUUCAAUAAAUUGAAACCUGCAGUCCAAGAAUUACUACGUCGUAAUUUUACACAGGAGCAUCUAGCUCAAAUAAAAACCAUUUAUCCCGAUGCAUAUACUUAUCAACAAGAGAAGCAUCGAAAUUUUGGUUCAGUGUCCAAGCGAGAAAAAUACGAAUUAGUUCUAACGCCUGUAGUUGAAAAAAUUAAUGGUAGAAAUACGCCUGACGCGGAUAACGUAUUGAAAACUGCGUCUGAAAGUGGUAUGAGCCCUACAAUACUGCUGGAAAGAAGGAAAAGAUUUUACAACGCUUUAUUAGAGAGAGUGAAGGAUGAACAUGAGAAAUUUUUGUUGAGCUUUGAGACUCCCAGAUUAAUGAAUAUACCGAGGGAGAAAAUAGUACGCUGGCAUCCCGAAUUUGAUGUGGAAUCUUGCAGGAAAAUUGAGCAAGCUGUAUUACCGCAACCACCUUUGGUCGAAAAACCAACUGCUAGGGAUGUUCUUGACAAAGCAAAAUCUUUGUUUAAUUGUGGUACACGUAUGGAGAAGGCAUUGCAGAGGCUCGCUGAAGCAAACCUAACUACCAAAUCCAAAUCUCCAGUUUCUACACAAGAUUCUACAACCCAAACAACAGAAGAUGGUAUUCCGAAGGUUAACAUUGCUAUU